CUCGCCAAGGAAGCGGGCUGCGCGGUAUAUAAACGCCGCGCUCUAGCUCAGUUGUGCACUCGGGUCGAGCGGCUCGCUUCCAGCAGACACAGGCUACUGUGCGAGUAAACGCCCCGCCCCUCGCCGAGCUUGAGCUGCGCAGCGCAGAGGUGGGGGCCGAUGGACCCGUACAAGUAUCUCAAGAUCCGGUUCAACCCCGACGGCUCGCUGUACCGGUACGGGGAGGCGCCGCUCCUCCCGGCGGCGCCGGCGGGGGAGCCCGUGGCGGUCGCGGCGGAGGGCAGCGGGGACGGCGAGCAGGGGCCGCGCCGCAUUGUGGUCCACUCCAACGACGUCCCGCUCAGCGAGGCCGCCGGCACGGGCCUCCGCCUCUUCGUGCCGUCUGGCGGCCACGCCCGGCUGCCGCUGAUCGUCUACUUCCACGGCGGCGGGUACGUCCUCUUCCGCGCGGCCUCCCAGCCGUUCCACAACACCUGCACGGCGCUCGCCGCCGCCGUCCCGGCGGCCGUCGCGUCCGUCGACUACCGCCUGGCGCCCGAGCACCGCCUCCCGGCCGCGUUCGAGGACGCCGCCGACGCGGUGCUGUGGGCGCGCCCGCACGUGGCCGCCGGCCGGCCGGUGUUCGUGAUGGGCAGCCACAACGGGGCCAGCAUCGCGUUCCGCGCGGCGCUGGCGGCGGCCGACGCCGGCGUGGAGCUGCGCGGGGUGAUCCUGAACCAGCCGCACCUCGGCGGCGCGGCGCGGUCGCCCGCGGAGGCGGCCUCGGUGGACGACCGCGUGCUGCCGCUGCCGGCCAACGACCUGCUCUGGGAGCUCGCGCUGCCCGUGGGCGCCGACCGGGACCACGAGUACUGCAACCCGGAGCCCAUGCUGACCCGCGUCGGCGCGGCGCGGCUGCGGAGGCUCCCGCCCUGCCUGGUGCUCGGCCGGCGCAAGGACCCGCCGCGGGACCGGACGAGGACGCUGGUCUACGCGCUGCAGAAGGCCGGCGUCGCCGUGGAGGCGAGGCUCGACGGCGCCGGGUACCACGCCAUGGAGCUGUUCAAGCCCAACUGCGCCGCGGAGUUCACCGCGCAGGUGACCGACUUCGUCCGCCGCCACUCCGCCGCCGGCGCCGGCGACGGCGACGGCGACGUGGUUGGUGUGAGCAAGCUGUGACAGACGGUCAACCCGAUCGGGCGGCCGCAGUGGAGGUUGCUGUACGGCGCUUUUGGUGCAAGUUGCAGCGAUGGUUAUGGGGGGCAUGGCAUUUCUCAAUCAUAUCAUCAUCGU